CAACGUUCGAAAGAUGUUGUUAACCAGAGUCAGUCUUCUGAGGCUUUGCUUCCCCCGCAGGUGGAAGUACCAGUGUGAUGGGUUCCUGGAGAAGAACAGAGACACCGUCUACGAGGAGCAGAUCAACAUCCUGAAGGCCAGUAAGUUCCAGCUCGUGGCCGAUCUGUUCCAGGAGCGUAAAGACAGCUCUGCCACCGGCUUCUCCAGUAAGUCCUCCAAGAUCAACGUGCGUCCAGCCAAACCCAUCCACAAAGUCCCCAACAAGGAGCACAGGAAGACAGUGGGUCACCAGUUCCGUAGCUCCCUCCAGCUCCUCAUGGAAACCCUAAACGCCACCACGCCCCACUACGUGCGCUGCAUCAAGCCUAACGACGAGAAGGAAUCAUUCAUGUUUGACUCGAGGAGAGCGGUUCAGCAGCUACGAGCAUGUGGCGUUCUGGAGACGAUUCGCAUCAGUGCAGCGGGAUACCCUUCCAGGUGGACGUACCCAGACUUCUUCAACAGAUACCGGGUCUUGAUGAAGAAGUCUGACAUGACCAUCUCAGACAAGAAGCUGGUGUGUAAGAAGCUGCUGGAGACCCUGGUGAAGGACCCAGACAAGUUCCAGUUCGGCAAGACCAAGAUCUUCUUCCGGGCGGGCCAGGUGGCGUACCUGGAGAAGCUGAGAGCGGACAAGUUCCGCUCGGCCUGCAUCAAGAUCCAGAAGUCGGUGCGGGGUUGGCUCCAGAGGGUCCGCUACCGGAAGAUCCGCCGGUCGGCCCUCACGCUGCAGAGAUACGGGCGAGGGUACCUGGCUCGCAGGCAUGCGGAGCAGCUGCGUCUCACCCGUGCUGCAGUGAUCUGUCAGAAGCAGUACCGCAUGGUGAGAGAUCGACAGGCCUACCUGAGGGUGAGACAGGCUGUGGUCACCAUCCAGGCCUUCACCAGGGGCAUGUACACCCGCAGGAUCUUCCAGGAGUUCCUGCUGCACCACAAGGCCAUCAUCAUCCAGAGGAGCGUCCGCGGCUGGCUGCAGAGGAGGAAGUUCAGGCGGGCGCGCAACGCUGCCGUCACCAUCCAGUGUGCCUUCCGACGCGUCCAGGCCCGGCGCCAGCUGAAACAGCUGAAGAUCGAGGCCAGGUCCGCCGAGCACCUGAAGAAGCUCAACAGCGGCAUGGAGAACAAGAUCGUCCAGCUGCAGAGGAAGAUGGACGACCAGUCGAAAGAGUACAAGACGCAAAACGAGCAGCUGCUGGUGACCAACGUUGGCCUGAGCUCUGAGAUGACCAAGCUGCAGAAGCAGCUGGAACAGGUGCGCGUUCGCCAAGGAGACGGCACCCAACUGCAGGACGAGCUGGAGAAGCUGAGGGCGGAGCUACAGGAGGCCCACGCCCACAGGAAGAGGCUGGAGGAGGAGUACAGCAGCGAGAAGCUGGGUCUGAAGCAGAGGGUGCAGGAACUGGAGAAGGAGAAUAUUCUGUUGAAGAGCGAGAAGGAGGAGAUGAACCAGAUGAUUCUCAAGCAGUCUAAGAACACCGAAGACCAGGAGAGUGGUGUGGUACAGAGGGAGGGCAAGCUGCAGGCGGAGCUGGAUGAGGAGAGACAGCGCUACCAGAACAUGCUCAAGGAGUUCUCCAGACUAGAGCAGAGAUACGACAACCUCCAGGAGGAGGUGUCCUUGGUCAAGUUCCAGCCCGGUCACAGAAGGAACCCCUCCACUCAGAGCUCCCUGGAGUCGGACUCCAACUACCCCUCCAUCUCCACCUCCGAGGUUGGCGACACCGAGGACUCCAUCCAGUUGGUGGAGGAGAUGGGAGUGGAGAAGGCAGCGAUGGACAUCAGUCUGUUUAUGAAGCUGCAGAAACGCGUCCGGGAACUGGAGCAGGAGAGGAAGAGGCUGCAGGCCAACCUGGACAAGGUGGAGGAUCUGGCGACGCGCAAGGGUAUCGAGCCAAGGGGUUCUACGUCAGAGCAAGAGGGAGAAGACCUGGCCUACAACAGUCUUAAGAGACAGGAGCUGGAGUCUGAGAACAAGAAGCUGAAGAACGACCUGAAUGAGCUCCGGAAAGCCAUCGCUGACCGCGCCUCCCAGAACAGCUCCUCCAAUGAGCUGCAAGACGGCUACAACCUGCUGCUCAACCAGCUCAAGGCGGCCAAUGAGGAGCUGGAUGUUCGCAAGGAGGAAGUGCUCAUCCUCAGGACCCAGAUUGUCAGUUCGGCCCAGCAGGAGAAGAACACCAAUCACAUA